CCAGAGCCCUUGUCUAGAGGGCAGGAGAGUGCAUUGAAAGUGAGACUCUGAGGGCCCUUCCAGAGAGGAACUUGUGCCUCCUGGGGCUCUCCUAUUGGCCCUCAGGAAGGGUGUGGUAAGCACUGCUUACCCAGAAAGUGCCUGUUUCCCCAGAGCCAUCUGGUGACAGCCUGUCUGACCAUGGCCCUGCCAUCCCCGGGCCAGGACCCCUGGAGUCUCCUGGGUGUUUUUUUCUUCCAACUGCUCCUGCUGCUGUCACUGUCACCUGCUGCCGGGACUGGUGGGCAGGGGCCCAUGCCCAGAGUCAAAUAUCAUGCAGGAGAUGGGCACAGAGCCCUCAGCUUCUUCCACCAAAAAGGCCUCCAAGACUUUGACACGCUGCUCCUGAGCGCCGAUGGCAACACUCUCUAUGUGGGGGCUCGAGAGGUCAUCCUGGCCCUGAAUAUCCAGAACCCAGGAAUCCCCAGGCUGAGGAAUAUGAUACCCUGGCCAGCUAGUGAGAGGAAAAAGAGUGAAUGUGCCUUUAAGAAGAAAAGCAAUGAGACGCAGUGUUUCAACUUCAUCCGUGUCCUGGCCUCUUUCAAUGCUACCCACCUCUAUACCUGUGGGACCUUUGCCUUCAGCCCUGCCUGUGCCUUCAUUGAACUUCAAGAUUCCUACCUGUUGCCCAUCUUAAAGGACAAAGUCAUGGAUGGAAAGGGUCAAAGCCCCUUUGACCCUGUUCACAAACACACAGCUGUCUUGGUUGAUGGGAUGCUCUAUUCUGGCACCAUGAACAACUUCCUGGGCAGCGAGCCCAUCCUGAUGCGCACGCUGGGAUCCCAGCCUGUUCUCAAGACUGAUGUCUUCCUACGCUGGCUGCACCCGGAUGCCUCCUUCGUGGCAGCCAUUCCAUCCAACCAGGUCGUCUAUUUCUUCUUCGAGGAGACAGCUAGCGAGUUUGACUUCUUUGAGGCUCUGUACACAUCCAGGGUGGCUCGAGUCUGCAAGAACGACGUGGGUGGCGAGAAGCUGCUGCAGAGGAAGUGGACCACCUUCCUGAAAGCCCAGUUGCUCUGCGCCGAGCCAGGUCAGCUGCCAUUCAACGUCAUCCGCCACGCAGUCCUGCUGCCCGCCGGUUCUCCCUCUGCUUCCCGCAUCUAUGCAGUCUUUACCUCCCAGUGGCAGGUCGGUGGGACGCGGAGCUCUGCGGUCUGUGCCUUCUCUCUCGCGGACAUAGAGCGUAUCUUUAAAGGAAAGUUCAAGGAGCUGAACAAGGAAACUUCUCGAUGGACCACUUACAGGGGCCCUGAGGCCAACCCGAGGCCAGGCAGCUGCUCCACGGGGCCGUCCUCUGACAAAGCCUUGACCUUCAUGAAGGACCAUUUUCUGAUGGAUGAGCAUGUCGUAGGAAGGCCGCUGCUGGUGCAGUCUGGUGUAGAAUACACACAGCUUGCAGUGGAACAAGCUCAGGGUCUUGAUGGCAGCAGCCAUGUGGUCAUGUACCUGGGCACGUCCACAGGAUCCCUGCACAAGGCUGUGGUUCCUGAGAACAGCAGUGCUUAUCUUGUGGAGGAGAUCCAGCUGAGCCCUGAGCCUGAGCCUGUUCGAAACCUGCAGCUGGCCCCCACUCAAGGUGCAGUGUUUGCAGGCUUCUCAGGAGGCAUCUGGAGAAUUCCCCGGGCCAAUUGCAGUGUCUAUGAGAGCUGUGUGGACUGUGUCCUUGCCAGGGACCCCCACUGUGCCUGGGACCCUGAGUCAAGAAUCUGCAGCCUUCUGUCUGGCUCCACCCUGAGUUCCUGGAAACAGGACAUGGAACGAGGCAACCCGGGCUGGGCAUGUGCCCGUGGUCCCAUGGCCAGGAGUCCCCGGCGUCAGAGCCCCCCUCAACUUAUUAAAGAAGUCCUGGCAGUCCCCAACUCCAUCCUGGAGCUGCCCUGCCCUCACCUGUCAGCACUGGCGUCUUACCACUGGAGUCACGGCAGAGCCACAAUUCCAGAAGCCUCUUCCACUGUCUACAAUGGCUCCCUCUUGCUACUGCCUCAGGAUGGUGUUGGGGGCCUCUACCAGUGUGUGGCCACUGAGAACGGCUACUCAUACCCUGUGGUCUCCUACUGGGUAGAUAGCCAAGACCAGCCCCUGGCUCUGGAUCCUGAGCUAGCGGGCGUUCCCCGGGAACGUGUGCAAGUCCCACUGACCAGGGUCGGUGGUGGAGCUUCCCUGGCUGCCCAGCGGUCCUACUGGCCCCAUUUUCUCAUCGUCACUGUCCUCCUGGCCAUAGUACUCUUAGGAGUACUCACUCUCCUCCUUGCUUCCCCACUGGGAGCACUACGGGCUCGGGGCAAGGUUCAGGGCUGUGGGACACUACCCCCCAGGGAAAAGGCCCCACUGAGCAGGGAACAGCAUCUCCAACCCUCCAAGGACUACAGGACCUCUACCAGUGACGUAGAUGCUGACAACAACCAUCUAGGCACAGAAGUGGCUUAAACUGAGGGCACAGAUGGGAGCUAAACACAGCAAGUCCCUGGCCCUGUUGUUUGGGCCAGGCACAGUACCACUCCCACUGGGGUGGGAGGCUCUCCUGCUACUGCGUGUCACCUACAGCACCCAGUAGGGCCUCCCCUGUGGGACUCUCUUCUGUAAGCACAUGGACUAUCUCCACACCGGCACCCCUGCCGGGACAGGAAGAACCAGACAGGAGUCUUCAGUUUUGAUCAACCAAUCCCAAGAGCUCCAGGAGACCCUGAAAGGCGUGGCUGUCCACGACUCUGUGAUGACAACUCAGAGCCAUCUGAGCAAGCUGGGGCUGUUCCCCAAAACUCCAUUCCGGAAGCUGUCACUCUGGAAGCUGCUGCUGCUUUGAACACCAGCCUUCCUUUCUCCUGGGUCUUCCCCUCUGCUUCCCUUGCCAAUCAUGCCCUACUGUUUGGGAAGUCCUUUCUGAAGUCUGACCACCUCCCUUGUUGCUUCAGUUUAGACAGAUCGUUACUGUCUCUGCCCUGGCUAGAAUGGCAGGCAUAAUCUGAGCCUUGUUCACUUGUCAUGUGUGGCUGACCUCCUCCCCUCUUGGACUCUUUCCCUCCUCUUCCCUUUGUUUUGGGAUUCAGAAAACUGCUUGUCACAGACAAUUUAUUUUUUAUUAAAAAAGACAUAAGCUUUAAACAAA